AUGAUUGAGACUGUAGCAACUUCCGCAGCCUUGGUCCAGAGUCGCCGCGUCAAGAGGCUCGAAGACAAUCGCAUUCUUUGGGAAACUUUCUAUACGGGCACGCAGCAAGCCAUCAUCGACGCCUCGCGAUAUAUUGGUACUGUCAAGCAUGACCUCGAGACGUCAUACAAGGAGGUGCAGGCACUUUUCCAAAAGAUCAAAGAUAACCGCAAUGCCUUCGAGUUAAAGAUCAGGUCAAUUGACGAGCUGCUUGCGGCCAAGCGAAAAGGACUCAACAACUACAUCUUCCAACUGGCCGCUGAGGCUGCCGCCGUCAUGUUUGUGGGUGCGGCUGAAGCCCUGGCCAUCAGGCACCUCAGGGAGUCACAGAAGCGCCUCGAGGACUUUGAGAUUGAGCGGCUAACUCGCAUGGCGGCUGUGGGGAAGCGUGGAGAAAUUGAAGCUGCCGUCAUGGAGUGGUAUAUCAAGGAGGUGAACUGUGAGGAAGUUAUCAAGGGUUGGGAUGCAGUAGACGUUGGGUGCGAUGUAUGGAAUGACAUGUUCUAUGCGCAGGGGUGUUCAUUGCCUGCAGACUUUGAGUUGGAGUAGGAGCGCACAGAAUAGCUACUGGAACAGAAGCUCC